AGCCUAUCCAGCUUCAGGUAGUUCACCAGUGGACAGACAUGGCUUCCAAGGCUUUACUUGUUUUUGGUGUCCUCUGUGCGACUCUCCUCCUCGUCUCCUUGCAGAUGGCAACAGCCAGGGAAUUGAGUGAGAAAACUGAGCACCAGAACAUGAAGGAAGAAGGUGCCGAGGACCGGAAGUAUCCCGACGAUCGCGGAUACGGUGGCUACCCUGGCCGUGGUGGUGGUUACUACGGUGGCUACCCCGGCCGUGGUGGUGGUUACAACGGUGGCUACCCCGGCCGUGGUGGCGGUGGCUACUGCAGGUGGGGAUGCUGCCGCCGCGGCUACUACGGUGGGUGCCGAUGCUGCUCCUUCCCCGGAGAGGUUCCAGAUGCUGAAUACCAAGCUGAACCGGGGAACUAAAUAAGUCUCAUCCAGUACUGUUCUAGUAAUCCAUAUUUAUGUACUGUGUGGUGCUAUGAUCUAAAGAGUGAAUUAUCCAAAGAGUUCUGCCUCCUGGGUUUCUCUCUUAGUUCGUAGUUGGUAUGCUAUGGUCUAAAGAGUCAAUUAGUGUUCUAUGUUCUGUCAUCAUGAAUAAAGUGGUUGUUCUUGUUUGAUGCAAA